AUGGAAGAUUUGCAUUGGGAUAAUAUUAAUGCAAUUCCAUUUGAUUGUGAUCAAUGGGAUAAUGAUGCGUUAUGCCUAAGUGCAGAAGAAGACGAAAUCAUCAUAUCCAGCUUUAUGAACAAGGGCGGCGUCAAAUCGUCGCAAAAACCCGAAGCUUCUGUCGCAAAAGAAGUAAAGGCGGCGGCGGCGGCGGAGUUGGAGGAGAAACAGUACGUGGGGGUACGGAAGCGGGCGUGGGGGAAAUACGCGGCGGAGAUACGAGAUUCGACGAGGAACGGAAUGAGAGUGUGGCUUGGGACCUUCGACAGCGCCGAGGAUGCCGCAUUGGCUUACGACCAAGCCGCAUUCUUGAUCCGAGGCCCCUCAACCUACCUGAAUUUCCCGUCGGAGAGAGUCCGGAAAUCUCUACAGGAAAUCAAGUGCAGCUGCAAGUCUGGGUCGUCGCCGGUUGAUGCCCUAAAGGAGAACAACAAGAAGCGAUCAUCAUCAUGUAGCAACUCCACAAGAUUCGAUGGUACGAGGACGACGAAAAGAUCAGUUAAGAAAAACAGUAGUAGUAGUAGUCAUGUUGUGGUGUUUGAGGAUUUGGGUCCUGAGCUCUUGGAUGAGCUUUUGUCCCAAAGUUCAGAUUCUACCACCUGCAAUCACCACUCCAGUAGACGCUAGAUCCAC